CUUUUUUUCCUUGCUGUGUGUCAGUCAUGGCUUCAGCUAAAAUUAAAUAACCAAAAAUAGGAGGACAAAUAUCUCAAAUCUUUCAGAUUUGCUUAUCUUCGCAGAAUAUUUGUCGAGGGUUUCUUAGAGAUUUUUAUAAUUUAUUUGGUUUGAUUGGUCCGAUCGAUUAAAGAUGCUAGAAUCGGCAACAAAGCCACCUCGCAAUGUAAUCGCCGGAGAUUCUUCCCCUUCUUCCUUUCCGCAGGUUAAAGAAGAGCCUAGUGGAAGCAUACCGAGUUCUGGACCAGACGGAAGGCACCAGGAUCUUUCAGUCCAAAUUCCUCCGAGGCCCAUUGCGGUUAGUAGCGGUUGGAACCCAAAAGGUUCACUGAAAUCACUCACUUCAUUCAAAGGAAGCGGGUCAUCGUCAUCAGGAGGGUUCUUACGAAGUUUAAGCUUAAAAAAGAAAGUUUCUCUACCCGAUGCUGAGAGUAGCUCCCUACUAACACCCGGUCUUAUGAAUUCUACCGAAAGCUCCACUACCACAGAUUCAUCAGGUUUUCCUUACUGGAAAAGAUGCACUUCACUUCCUGCUACUCCUGCCACCAAAUUGUCUCCGGUGAUAUCUACCCCUGUGCCAGUUGAACAACCUAAAGCUAAUAAAGAUGCAGUUCGUCCAGCAGUUUCAAGGUCAUUGUCCAUGCCCGGAAGAAACAAAGUUAUUGUACGAUCAGUCUCUUUCGACAACCGCAAAGAGCAUGCUUCGGCUGAGACCAGUGAUGCGGAUCAAAUCACUCCUGUUCCUCCGGAAGAGACCGAUGAAGAAAUUCCCGAGGAAGAAGCAGUGUGCAGGAUCUGUCUAGAUGUUUGCCAAGAAGGCAACACUCUGAAAAUGGAAUGCAGCUGCAAAGGUGACCUCAGGCUUGUUCACGAAGAAUGUGCCAUCAGGUGGUUUAGUACGAAAGGGACGAGAAUCUGUGACGUGUGCAGACAAGAAGUCCAGAACUUACCCGUGACUUUGCUUCGUGUCCCGACAAAUAAUCAACUGAACAACCAACGUGAACGCAGUCAGCAGAAUAUGCAGUCACAAUCCGUCAGCGCCUGGCAAGAGUUUGUCGUGCUCGUUCUAAUUAGCACCGUCUGCUACUUCUUCUUCCUUGAGCAAUUACUGAUUCGAGACUUGAACACGGAGGCUAUCUUCAUCGCAGCGCCAUUUGCAUUUACGUUGGGACUCUUAGCAUCGGUUUUCGCAAUCAUUCUUGCUAUCAGAGAAUACAUAUGGACGUACGCAGCCCUCGAGUUUGCACUGGUGGGCAUGUUCUCUCAUCUGUUAUAUGCCACGCUCGGGAUAUCAGCAAUCUACGCGAUCAUGUUAUCGGGGAUUCUAGGGUUUGGGAUAUCGGUGUGCCUAAACUCUUUGUACCUUCAUUAUUUCGCGUGGCGUGUACGCGUCACCACGCAGAACUCGGAUCCAGUUUAGGUCUCUGUUUUCUUGUCCUUUAGAGCCUGUGUUCUGGAAGAACAGAACUGCCGAGAAGUUAAGAUUCUACUGGAACUGGUGACUUGUAGAUAAUGUAUUUUGUUUUUCUCUCUUUUUUUUGGUGUCCUUCCAAAACAGAUCUUAAACGGGGUGUCUUCUUAAAUGGGCGAUGUGAGAGAGGUUUUGUUGUUA